AGCGAUUCCCCCACCAUGGUAAACCCUCAAGAUCUCCCAAUAAAAACUCUAAAACUAGAGAUUUGGGGGGGCGCGCGCGUGCCGGUUAAUGGUUUUGUGUGACUGCAAGAGGCGCCUACCGCGCGGAAAGAAGGCUUGCCGGACUCAAGUUUCUUUUGCUUUGUCCUUUUUGUUCAAGGAAAAUGAUGCAUGGUCGUUGAUGAAAGAAACCUCAAAAGAAUAGAUACGCAGACGCUGCUCCCUUUUUAGUAGCCUUGGUAGUUUCUUGCAUUCUCCUGGUUUCGACUGACAACUGACGGGUUGGGAUACGCACUUGCUCUCGGUGGAGGCAGCGUCAAAACCGACUCUUGAGCCUGAACGACCGACUCUAUUUGCAUCUUCCUCCGCUAUUGUAAAGUCACAUCACCUUUGAGCCUCAUUUUGUUUCUGCCAGUCACGGAAAAUGGAGAUUGCCCGGCCGCCGCCACCGUCUACGAACAGGGCGACUUCUGUUUCCCUGUACCAGCAGACAAUGUCACUGAUUGAAAAACUCUAUGCUCUGCCAAGAUUCGAUUUUUACCUCUUCCCACAAGGCCUGGACUCGUUCAUUGAUAAUGCAACACUCAUUGAUCCCGUUGCGGUGAUCUGGGCUUGCUUCCGGUUGGGAUCGCCAUUCUGCCACCUGUACAAUCAGCUAAGACCGAGAAAGAGGUUGCAGGUACCUGAAUUGCCCAGCGUUGCACCACCCUACAAUAAUACAUGUAAAAAGGCUGUAUAUGAGUUUGUGGUGGCCUGUAAGGCAGAGCUGCAGAUGGAGGAGGCCGAACUGUUUACAAUUUCGGGGUUGUACAAGGACGACACCAAUGAGUUUGUAAAGCUUAUGAAGACAAUAUCCAUAGUGGUGCAGAAAAUUGAAGAUAUGGGCCUCUUUCCACCUCCGCGACCUCUGCCCUUCUCCCUCCCAACAUACGCUGCAUCAGAGGGUCCAUCAGAUAACCGUGCCAAGUUGAUUGCCGAAAUGCUAAAUACAGAAAGAACUUAUACGGCGGAUCUGGAAAAGCUUCAGCGGUACAAACGAGAGUUGGAGGUCCAGAAUAUUGUUCCACGAGAUUCGCUGUUGCAGUUGUUUGCAAACCUGGAUGAGCUUUUGGAUUUUCAGCGACGAUUUCUGUUGCAAAUGGAAGCAACACUAUCUUUUCCCCCCGCCGAACAACGAAUUGGACAGCUGUUCAUGCAGAAUGAAGAUGCCUUCGCAGUUUACGUUCCGUUCUGCGGAAACUACCAAUUUGCGACACAGAUAGCUACGGAACAAGCGGUGCAGCUGCAAAGAGUGCCGGAUAUGGAUCCCCUUCGUGAGCUACCUUCCUACUUGAUCAAACCUGUACAGCGUGUUUGUAAAUAUCCACUACUAUUGAAUGAGCUGAUCAAGUAUAGUGAUGCCGCAACAUAUCCGUUCAUGGAAGAGCUUAGGGGAGGACUGGCCGCAAUCAAACGUGUGACAGACCGUGUGAAUGAGGAAAAACGACAAGAGGAGAAUCGCCGGAUGAAGCGUGACGUUAUAGAGCGCGUUGAAGAUUGGAAGGGUUUGAACGUGGCGGAUUUUGGGGAACUCCUUCUCUCUGAGAAAUUUCCAAUGUCGACUGGAGAAUCCGAACGUGACUAUGACCUCUUCCUGUUUGAACACAUCCUGUUAUGUUGUAAAGACACAACCAAAAAGAGGAAGAGCAAGAAGAACGCGAAGGAAGAUUCAACAACUUAUGCUCUCAAAGGAAAUAUCUAUAUUGAACGUAUCGAUAGUGUCACCAAUGAGGCCAAUCCUGCGCAGCAAAAGUUCCAAUUGAAGGUCUUCUGGCGCGACGGAAUGGAUAUGGAGUCGUUCGUUCUUCGUUGUCGAAAUAUGGAACAGGUGAAGCUGUGGCAGGACCGUUUGGAUGGAUUGAUUCAAGCCGAGCGUCUCAGAAAACUAUCGCUACGUGAGACGAAUCCAUACACAAAAUCUACACAAUUACAUCCGGAUAUUAUCCGAGGACUGGGACGCGGAUUACUUUCUGUGAAAGAUGACGAAGAUGAACUGGCAGAUCAACGGUACCCACGCGGGGAACAGCGGCUGGAUGCCAUACGGUCUCCGACAGGAGAGCUGCCUCCACCGAUACAGCGGUCAAAAUCCAUUCCGUUCAAUUACUAUCCCAAUGUUGCACCGAAUAAACCCCAGUAUCCUAAUGAGCCAUCCGAGACGUCCACGUCAUUGUCAGCCGCGCAGCUGCGAAAGAGUGCGCCAGCCAAACCAAGAAGCAACAAUAUGGCGUCAUCUUCUGAAUAUUCUUCCCGCUCAUUAGCGUCAAGAGCCCGCAGCUCAUCGCCGUCCAGAAGGAGGAUACCAAGGGAAUCGAGUCCUCCACCUCCUGUGCCCGACUUGCCGAUGAGCCCAACGGGAAUGUCUGUCAAUGGAUAUGAGAGAAGCUACGGGGAACGUGUUCGAGAGCGUAGCAGAUCGCGUCCGCGAGAGGAGAUACCAAGAAUGCCCUUGCCACCACCGCCACAGCUACCACUGCCAGACCCUCCAGGAAGUCUGCUUUCUGGUAUUUCGACAACUAGGGUAUCGGAGUCGAGGCGUCCUAGUCGAAGCCAACCUUCCGACCGCGGGUACUUUGAUGGAUACGACGACAUGUAUGGGGCCAACAGCUUUGGUUCACGUGGCCGAGGUGACUACGCUUCCGAGUUGCCACCGUCUCCUCCAGCGUCAGUGCCAGGGUCACCGAUGACCCGGAAGGCGAACAUGCCACCUCCACCUACUUUGGCUCCACGAAGCAUGACCAGUCCUUACCCCUUAACACAACUCUCCACAAUGCAGGCAAAUGACCCAUACUUGCAGUCACGUGGAGAAAUGAGGAAUCAACAGGGCACAGGUCGAAAAGGAUCCAAUGCCGGUAUUGCGUACAGCUAUGAGCCAGUAAACCGAAACGGCGCAGGCGCUACGAGGACAAGGGGUAUUAGUACAAGUAGUUCGGGUACGAGUACUACGUCCUACACACCACCCAACUUUCCUCUUCCUCCUACUCCUGCUUCGUCAACAGUGAAAAUUGCACCCACCAGGAACGGAACGUUUCCACCUCCUUCGUCAGCGGGCACAUCGAACAGUUCCGUAGCACCUUCGAACAUGUCCGCACCAAUGGUCAAAGUGAAGAUGCACUAUGGAACCGACAUGUUUGUGGUGGCUGUUCCUGCGCGAUGCACCUUUACUGAACUGCACUCCAAAAUGGAGCGUAAGGUACGAUUGUGUGGUGCAGCGGUCCCUGAAGGGAAGAAACUCCGAAUGCGGUACCGUGAUGAAGAUGGUGAUUACAUUAUGAUUAACAAUACAGAGGAUGUUAGUAUGGCGUUUGAGACUGGGAGAGGAGGAAAGGAGCGGGAAAAAUCGUUUGUCAACAUUUGGAUUCUAUAGAGGAAGCGUGUUUUCUAGUUCAUACUGUUACGGGAAUGGGUGUAUGUGCUUGUGGGUGUGUAUCUUUUGGCGUAGAUGGUCAGGUUGUCUUUGUACAAAUAGCAAAAUAAAAAAGGAGGGCAGAAGCUAACGACGCAAAGUGGCUAUGCAUAGUAUAUUU